AUGCCUGGUGGACCGUGGGUCAGGGUGCAGGAGAUUGAUGCAUCUGACAUGUAUCGCGCAACAAUGGAGCAGCAACUACGAGAAGAACAGGAGGAGCUGCUUGCUGUGGUGUGCGCCGAGCAAGAGUGGAUGCGUUGCAAACAGGAGGCUUGGAACAAACAGUUAGCUGACGGCCAGAGGCGCAUGCAUGAGAUGAUGAAUUUUAUCAAAGCACGAGAGGAGGCUGAGAAGGCAGCUGCAGAACAGAUGCAGGCAGCACUUGCCGAGGUGGAGGAACAACAGCAGCGUGAGCUUGCUGAGGCAGAGGCACGCAAGGAGCGUGAGCUUGUGGAGCUGGAGUACAGAGCGAAGAGGCAAACAGAGCUUGCCCAACUAAUGUCCAAGAUUGGCGGAUCGAUUCAUAUGGCUGCUUUGCACCCUCAAGGGGAGCCUACUGUUACUAUGGGCUCGAAUCAGAGACCUAUGUCUUCCGCCGACUUCUUCCAGGGCUUACUGCUUGACCGACCAAGAACUGCAAAGUCUUUGUCACAAUGGCAGGAAGAAGAAGAACGCCUCGCAGACCCUACAUGCUCUGAAUAUGAUCAAACUGGACCACAACCUCCAACAACUGCUGCCCUGCCCGCUCCAGAGGUGGAUGUAUCGACAUUGGUGGAGACACUCAAGAAACAAGCUGAUGAGGCCCUCGAGGAGGCUCUGGAUGAGGUUCUGGAGCAGUUUGGCCCAGGGUCCCUUGGGACCGGCUACCGCCCAAUUAGCAGGGGAACUCGUCGCAAGCGACCCAAUGCUGCCAAUGAACGCAAAGAAGAGUACACAAAACUGAAAGAAAGAAAUCCAGGACUAUCUGACAGUGUGAAGGCCUUGGAUAUCAAGACUGACAGCGACAUUGCAAUGAAGCCGCGAGCUGACACAACCGCAGUGGAGGCUUACAAUGAUGCGAGUCCCAAUGGCCCUGACCGUGACAACCUUUGCAUUGAUAUGGGGGCGGCAGUGAAGGAUUCCCGAUGGAAUCAGCAGCUUGUCAAGAUCCUCGUGGAGAGGGCCCAUAUACUCUGCGACCAGCGGCUAGCAAGGGGCUAUGCAAUGGAGCCCCAGUACGGGAGGGAUGGUACAGCAGAGGAUCAGGAUGAACUCCAUGACUGUUUGCAAACGAAAUAUAGCGGUACUCACAAGAAAGCUCGGAUGCACAUCUGGCACCAUGGGAAAUAUAAGACGCGAUUAUCCACCAUAGAUCAGACUAUAACCAUCAAGUCCGAGAGAGGCGAGCAGGACACCCCGUUCUGGACCUACUUAAGGUCCACCAUAGUACGGUAUGGAGAAGACUGUAUGAGCUCAGAUGAUACAGAUGAGGAAACUGACGUCUUUCACGUCCGCAAGAUGCCUUGGCAGCGAGAUAUCGAGAGGGAGCUGAAGAUUGUUGACGACCAACGGGACGCUGAUGGUAUCAAAGACAACCGCGGCUCCAAGCCAGCACCUAGGUCUUGCGCAUGGCGUGCUAAGAAGGGACAGAAACAGCUGGAUUGUUUGCACAUCCAUGUGUGUAAUGUCAGAGUAACCGUGCUCAAGCGGGCCAUCAAACUUCAGGAUAACAUGACGUCAGGGAAGAACGUGGCAACGUAUGGUGCAGGCCGUAUCUCCAGCGAGCAAUUACCCUUCGAGGUUGUAGAUAUGAGGCUAUAUUCACAAUCGACAUCUCGAAAUUCCCUUAUUUGCCCUGUUAGAGAGGUGAAUCCAACCUACGCAGUCGUGGAUGGUAUUGCAUGGCAGAAGCAGUGA